AUGUCCCAGACGGCGCUGGGCUUCACCGGCCCCAUUACCAGCUGCUUGGCAAGCCAUGUUGCCGCCACAGCCUUGGAGUCGCCACAAUUCCAGACGGACUCAUUCGGCCCAGUGGUGGCCCACAUGGGGGGCAUCUGGAGCCCAGGCUGCAGCACAAACAAGUCUCGGCCCCACACUGCCAUAGCUGACCUCCCAGCCCAGCUGGAGGAGCCAGCGCCCACAGCUGACAUCCAGUCGCCUGCUGUGGAGGCAGAUGAUGGCACCGAAGAGGACUACACUCCCCUGGACCGUCCCUGGUACGCAGACAGGCUUGCACAAUACAAGCUGUACCCGGAGCACUGCGCGGUGGAUGCCACCAGCAAGGGGACAUCAAUUGAUGGCCAGCUCGAAAGCGCUGAGCAGUACCGGCACAUUAUCCUCAAGGUUGGGAAGACUGGGUACUCCUUUGCGGACACCCACAUGCCACCACCAGAGCUUCCUCAUGCCGCGGAGCACUUCAGCAUGUUCAAGAAGCACUGCGCAUUGGGCUCCACCUUGGUAUCAAUGGACGAUCAGCUCAUCAGCGCUGCCGGCGCGCCCAUCAGAACUGAUCUCCAGAGGUGCCCACAACCGCCUCCCUCCAAUGCCAGCACAACCAGCGGCGCGCCCACCAGUGAGAGCCCCACAGAGGAGCCAUGCCCGGCUCCACGUGCAUUGGAUCUGCUGGACUCCCUCUGGACGCAGUCACUGCCCGGCCAACAGGUACCUGCAGCUGCCAGCCACUGCCACCAGCCAAGCAGCUAUGUUGAGUUACCCAUCAGGCGGCCAACACGCCGAUGGAGCCUUCGCAGCAUCUUCUCCUCAUUCUGCAAGCAGGUGCCCCUGCAAGUGGGAAUGAUGGCGCUGCCUCUGCAGUGA